AUGAUAUUAUCUAAAUCUGGUUCCUAUCAAGCAACCUUAUUAAAUUAGGGUUUUACACUUCGUCUUCUUCCUCAUAGAUUCUGGUUACUGAUGGAUGAAGUGAUUCAAAAAGAGCGGCAACAUCUGACUCUAGUCACUAGAAAACCAUGUUUUAGUCUGCCAACAGCUUGUCCUUCGUGCUUGCCUGUCUACAUCUAUCUCAAAUUCGCCAAUGUUCCUUUCGAUUUGUGUUACAAUCUCACUUAUCCCGAUUCCGAUCAAAUUCCUUAUGUUGACUCCGAUACAUACGUUGCUUACAACAAUGAGAAGGGUGGUGUAAUUGAAAGUUUAAAAGAAGAUAAUAUCGUCAAUCUGGACUCAGAAGUCCAAAGCCUUCCUGAAUGGGUAUCCAUAGUUGCAAUGAUUAAUUCAUGGCUUUCGGAUGCAAUCUUGUACGAGCUCUGGGUAGGUUCAGAUGGAACUUCUGCAAACAAGAUCUACUACUCUGAUCUCCCAUGGCCAAUAGGAAAGCUGUUAUAUCUUAAACAAGUAUACAAUGUGAAACAGUUACUUGGAAUUUCAAAAGACACAGCUGAAAGAAGGGAAGAAGAGAUAUAUAGGAGAGCUACCAUUGCUUACCAAGCUUUAUCAACCAAGUUAGGUGAAGAGUCAUUUUUCUUUGAUAACAGGCCAACUAGUUUGGAUGCUAUUUUUCUUGGGCAUGCACUUAUUACACUUUAUGCAUUACCGGAAACAUCAAUGCUUCGUAGCAAACUGUUGGAACAACCUAAUCUUGUGUUAUAUGCUGACAAACAUAAAGCUGAACUUUUGGAUUCUUCAGAUCCAUCAUCAUCAUCAUCAUCAUCAUCAUCUAUACCCAAACGAGGACCUUCAAAUUGGAGUUCGAAGCCGAAAAGUCAACCACCAAAGAGGGAGAGGACAGAGGAAGAGAAGAAUUUCAGAAGAAAAGCAAAGUAUUUCUUGGUGACUCAGCUGGUUGCUGUUUUAGUUUUUCUUAGUCUUCUUGGUGGAUCUGAUGAUACUGAAGUGGAUGCUGAUGGGGAUGAUGACUUCGAUUAUGAUAACUAAAACAUAAAUCACAAACCUUUUUUUUUUUUUUUAAAUCUGUCGUGUAGUUCAUUUCAUGUUAUGUGGAAAAUUUUGAAGACAUGCACAUAUAAUACACGACUUGAUUGAUGUGAUUUGUUAGAAUUAGAUGAUGACAUAAAUCUGAAGCUGGAUAUGCGUUUCUUGUGUUCCUCA